GACUGGGUUCGCGCCAAUUUCGUCAUCGUUUUUGUUCUCCUCAUUAAUGCAAGCUUGGCGUUCCUCUUCUUUAACCUACUCACACGUUCGACAGAGACAGAUGGGAGAAACGCAGAUCAGUCACCAAGGGUAGCGCAUACUCCCUCGGGUUCGAAUCCACCGCCAACGAUGCAGCUGGCAAAGAGUGUACUUACAAAAGCUUUGAAGAAGGUCAAAUCACACAAGCGGUUGGACACCGAUGAAUCUAGGUGAUUUUCACCGCGAAUUGCAAUAAAAUCUUUGGACGACCUUCGGUGACUAAUAUUUGCUCUUUCCAACUUGCAAGAAAAAGUCCACAAAGCAAAUGAUCAGGCUUUGUGAGCAUGAUUAUCAGGAAAUAAUUACCACAACUUCAUCGCCCGUUUGUCGGCUGAAACAGCAAUCACGAUUUCUGUGGGUGUAUCCUGGCAAUCUUUGCUUCCUUAGGUGUUUGCCAGAACGUACGCAAAAACGGAUUUUUAUAUAAUCCCUGUUGAGGCUUUUAUACAACCUGACGCCAGUCGCCAGUUCCAAGGUCCUCUAUUAAGUUAUAUGAAAACUGCUAACUGUAAACAGAUUUACAACCUAGUUUGAAUCCCUUCCUUUUGAAUGGGUGCUACACAAUCAAUUUCACUUAAUCGUGUGAUAACUGGCCAUCCAUUCACACUGUGCUUAGCAGUAGACAUGGACAUGGAGACACAAUUGGUACGGCCAAUUUACUUCGCUCAAAGCCAACCUGUUAGGCAGUUAGGGUUUACAGUGUUGCCUCCUGUAGAGUCAAUUGUUCAUCAUUCAAUGGCUGUGGGAAAUAGUACAUUUCCUUCCAUUUUCGAGUGUAAAGCCCCUGCUCAACAUCCAUUCCCUACUUCUCACACGUCUACUCAAAUUGUUGCCUUGUUCUCGGACUUCCGAACAAUCCCCAAUUUUGUUCUUUUCUCAGCACAGCCUGUGUGUAUACUCCUUAUCCCCCGAAUACUACACAUCGGUCUCCGGUCUCUCGCUCUUGACUUCAAAGCAAAAUCUGAUUGUUCAAAUGUCCAGUUUGCCUCUGGCCUAGGUCAUACUUUCGUGAUUCACAAACAAACAACAGCUUGGUUCCUAGAGAAGAACGCUCCAAAGCGUGUCUAUUGCCAAUCAAAAUAGAAUAUGUUCUAUAGAAAGGCGAACUUGAAAGGGAACCAUCACUUCAUGCAAAGACAUUUUCUAUACUUUGCUUCGAUUCAAGCGCUUUCUAAGUUUUAUCAAUGUGACUAUUCUAUUUUCCUUGUUUGUGAUGGCUUUCUUUGUGAUGUCACCAUGGAUAUAAAUAGAUACCG